AUGAUAACCUCAGAUAGCAAGAUAAUUCUUUUGCCACAUGACAUCAGAGAUGCUCAGAUCAUCGGUGUCCGAUUCGGUGGAAGAGAUAGAUCCUUGUUGAUUGCUGAUGAUCAAAUUUUGGAAUUGCUUGAAGUUGUUGGACACAGCUCCUUUGAUUUUGCUCCCCUCCCACAAUUGUCAACAUCGGAAGCUGUCAAAUCAAUCCUAUUUGAGGAUGCAACAGGCAAAGGUUAUUGCUUACAGAGAGCUAAUUUCAUACUCGCCACGAAGUUCGAUAUCAUAUAUUAUUUUGGUGCAGUUUUUUACGAGCAUUCAUCCUUCUCUGCGUGUUAUCAGAGCCUGAACGACAUACGAGAUAGCCUUGACGAUUUGGGUGUGAUCUCUGAUUGGAAUGACCAUGUUUGCAAAGCAUUAGAUUCCUCACUUGAGCUACUCUGUGAGAUGGUUCGAGAGGGUGAUGAGACCUACUUCCGAUUUUCGAAGAGCAAGCUUCACAAAAUAUUGUUUCGUAGAGUGGAAAAGCUCAAGGACUUUAUUAUCAAAACGCCAAGCUCAAGUUUGAGUCAACUGAUCAAGCGGUCUCUCGCUUCUAAUGUGGCACUCCCGAAUGAUAUUUUACAUGCCCAGCUGCUCAAAUAUGCUAUAGAUAUGGUGAUUGCAUCUUAUUUCACGCCACUGUUCAAAGAUGAAUUCAUUGAAUCGUCUAACUAUUCAUUCGAUGCACUCAACUCCUAUCUUGAAAUGGAAAAGGUACAAAAUGCAAAUGAAAAGCCGAUUUCUACUGACCUGAGCUCCCAAAAGAAGAAAGUUGGGUCCAGGAAAGGUAACUCGAAGUCGUUGAAGGUGGCAGCGGGAAAGGGUGCUCUCGAUUCUUUUUUCCGAAGAACUUAA